UUAUAUUUAUAUGUAAUAACAUUUUUAUUAGGGUUGAGGGUGGCGCCACGAUGCGUCACAUCAUCAAGUCGUUCGCUGCCUGUCUCGCUCGCGCUGCGCCUCUCUUUGUUUAACCUCUUCCCUGUUCCCGUUCGGUCGUUCCCAACCCCCAACAAUCCCGCAGCCAUCGUCCAACGCGGGGCUGCUGGAGGGACAGUCGGUUCUACCUUGCAAACGAAAACGUGCUCGCCACACGUCCGCCCGUGCGAUAUUCUUCUUUCGCGCCGCGUGUCGAUCAAAACCGUUCAUCAACGGGGUACAACGGGGUUGAUCCUGCCGAUAGAGAAUGUCAUGUGAGUAACACUUAGUCGCGCGUUUCCUACGUGUUAUGGCGUGGAAGUGGUGGCCAACCAUUGCAGUGGCAUCGUUUUCGUCCGACGACACCGGGAUUUAUCGCCGCAUUGACAGCCAACCGUGUUAAGUCUCCGUGGGAACAUGAAGAUACCACCCAUGUCAUGACCCAGUAUCGCGGACACGUGUGUGGAUGAGGGUAAACCAUCUUAGCGAGAGGGAUGUCUGAAAGCGACGGCGAGCAAGUAGCUCGGUCGGUGGCCUUGGAGCAAGCCUAUGUCCACGAGGUUUACGAGCAAUGCGCCGAGAAAACUGUUCAGAGUAGACACUGGCCACGUAUCUAUCAGUUUCUCGAGGAACUGGAGCCAGGAGCUCUUGUCUGCGACAUUGGUUGUGGCAACGGGAAGUACCUGAGCGUUAAUCACAGCAUCUUUAAAGUGGGAGUGGACCGGUGCAAACGUUUCACGGAUAUCGCGCGUGAGAAAGAAAAUGAGGUAUUGAUCUGCGAUAAUCUAGCCCUGCCGUUUCGAGAUGAGAGUUUCGACGCGGUGCUCUCCAUCGCCGUGGUGCACCACUUUGCCACAACAGAGAGGCGGGUCCACGCGUUGAAAGAACUUGCACGAGUAUUGCGGAUUGGCGGUCGGCUGGUCAUAUCAGUAUGGGCUAUGGAACAAAAGCAUAGAAAGUUCGAGUCUCAAGACGUGUUGGUACCGUGGCCCAAAGCGUAUUGCAUAAACUCGGUGUCAAACAGAUCGAAACGUUCCAGCGUGCCGCACACCACCGACCUACACUGCAAUCAGAACGCUCAAAAAUUCCUGUCAUCUUCCAAAAGGAACAGCCAACGAAAAUGCAAAAGCAAGAGCUAUUGGAUCGACCCGAUAUUCAGUCCAUCGCCGUCAACCAGCAGCCUGUCGAGCCCGAAUGAGACCUGCUACAGUUUUUUCCGCCGCGCGUUGCAGAAAUUAGCAGGAAGCAGACGUGGAUCUGGGAAUCGACCUUGGUUCCUCGACAGUUGGCAGAGCGGCAGUGGGAAGAAUCGGAAGGACUACGAGCAAGAGGAACCGCCGGACGUGGACGAGCUGCCUAUCGAGUUACGCCGCGUGGAGAAUGUCAACGUGACGUUGAACAAGCAAUCGGACUCACUCAGUAUCAAGUCAAAGAGCCUGGGCGAUAUUCUGGAGAUCCAGCGGCUGGACCUCGUGCGAUCUAGAUCCAGUAUCCCCGGCCUGUGCUCCAUGCUGACGUCCGAAUUGAAUCUGGACGGUGAAUCGAGGACGUCGUCGUCGAUGAGCGGCUCGAAGCCACGGCUGGUCAAGCAGAAGACUCACCUCGUGGACGACACCGGUUUGGAACAUCCUGACAACACUGCCAUUCAAGAACUAUUUAAGGACAUUCCAGACUUUCAGGUAACACCUGGUCACUACUUGAAACGGGGAAGCAUCUUGAAACAGAGCUCGAUGAACGAGGAGCUGAUGUCUACCGACAGGUUAGAAGAGAAAGAAAGGGUGCGAAGGAACAUAAUGAAACAGGCGUCCCUGAACGAGGAUAUCAUCUGCAAGGGGAAAACCUUCGAAUCCCUCAGAGACUCCCUCUAUUCCGUAAACGCGACAAAGAGAUUUCAACUGUUGAAAAGUGGCCUUACGAACAAGAUUAAACAAUCCACGACGAAUAUCGAGGUGUCCGGCAUAUCGAUCAAAAACGGAUUCGUGAAGAUCUUACAGGGAUGGAAGUCCAGCGAGAACGACGCGAAUACGGCUAACGGGUCGAUCGACGAAGCAUCGAAGACAAAUGGCAAUGAUUCGAAGGUUCAGGCUGCCACUACGCCGAAACGAGAGACAGAGGUGAUCGAAAGACGUUUGUCUCGCGAGGAUGGCUCGGACUCGUCGAAGGACAGCAGUUUGCAAAGCGACACGAGCGUCGACUCCGAGGACAGUUUCGCAUCCGUGAUUUUCGUGCCAAAGCAGGAGGCACAGCCAACGACAGAGGCUGUUAUCCCAGCCUCCGGUGGCCAUCAGCUGGGAAGUAUCUCAGCGCCACCUUCGCCGCGCGUCAAACAUCCGCCUGACACUAACUCGAGAAUGAAGAUCAUUUCCAUAUCCCCGUUGCUCAAACAGUUCCCAGCUACCAGCAAAUCUCUACCACCACCUAGUCCACCAGGCCUCUCCCCAUGUGCUUUGAAUCCUGUAUUUACCAGGCCGUUCUUUGGUUCAAACGCUGUCGCCAGCCAGCAACAAGCAUCUGGAGACAAUACCGUUAACGCGAAGAGGACAGAGGUUUUGAACAACGGCUGCCAUCCGCCGACCAACGAGGACUCGCAGGGUAAUAAAAAAAAUAUCGAGAGCGAGAUUUGCGGAAGGAAUAAUUUCUUGGAGGGGAAGAAGCCCAGCUUGCAGACUAUACGCGCUUACAGAUCUAUGACUGAGAGUCUGGAGGUUGAAGAACCGAAAACUAUCAAGGACACCACCCCGCUCUUACCUGUGGACGACAGUCCGGAUGUAUCGUUGCAGGAGAAGGGCACCUUCGAAAUCACUAAGGAGGAAGAGAGUCGUAAGGUUAGACUGAAUCAGAUCAAGGAGCUGUUGAAACAGAAGCCUGGCUUCGCAACCAGAACCAAACCGUCGUUCCCUCUAGUCAGAAGAGCUUCGACAACGGCCAGUGGUCGUUUGGAGGCCGUUACCAAGGUACUACCACGGUUGCUCUCGCUGGAGCUGUUCAAUCCGGAGACUGACGACCUCGAUAGCGAUUCCAGCGGAGUGUCCUCGCCGGAUUCCGUGGGUUCUGUGAUCAGCGUGAUCUCUGACGAGAGAUACAUGGCUAAGAAGGAUAACACUAAGUCCGAGUGCACCGAGUCCGAGGUAUUGGACAGCUCGGCUGAAAACGUGUCCGAUCCUAGCGACGUGACAGCUGACGAAUCGUCAGGGUACGUAGCUGAUUCCAAGGAAGACGAGACGAAGACAACGGGGGACAGUAGCUCGUCUCAGUCUUCUAGACUUCUGGAGGCUGCGGCUAACGUCGCCAGUUCCCUGGAGGACGCUGUCGAGACGGCCAUCACGAAAACGCACACUAAACCGUAUCCGACGCAAGUAGCACAACAGGACAGCAUCGAGAGUUCAGCUGGCAGCGACACGAAAGUUAAAACGAAGUCGGAUAUCCAAUUACCGGAAGUUGAGGACACGUGGAACGAAGAAUGCCGCAAACAUCUGAUAGACUUCACCGAGAAACUCAGUGAGAACUUGAUGCACGGGCUGGACGAGAACAAGAACGACCAGAACAUUUUAGACAAACCAUUCCUGUCGAAGAAAGACUUGGACGUCGAAUCCCUUCCCCCUUACGACGUUUCAUCGUCGAUACCCAACAAGUCCAAAUACAACGAUUUAUCAAACACGAUCGCCUGGUUGAGCAACACUAACAACGGCUUCAACGAAGAGAUGCAUAGAAGCACCUCGGACGAUAUAAUGGAUUUUGUGAUGGUCUCUAAUACCGGGGAGUUCAUGAACGAGAAAGAAACAUCCUCCUUGGACAAGCAGUCCUCUGAGAAAUCCUAUCUAAGAAGCGCCAACUCUAUAGGGUCCAGCGACAUUGGCGAAUCCAUCGAUAAUACCAUCAGCUUCAGCGACGGAAGUCGUGCAGACUCCACCGGGAGAUUGUGCAGCAGCAUGAUGUCGCUGCUGUCGAACACCAACGAGUAUCCUAAGUCGUACGCUGAGAAACGAAGGCUCCAAUUGCAAAGGAGAUCCGCCUCGGAGGAGACGCCACCGAGGUAUCCAGACAAUAGCAAACGCAGCACCGAUUGUCUGGUAACCACGACAGGUAGCAACGACUCCCUGACUGGAUCAUCGUCCCAAGAAUCUCUGCCGUCCGAUCGCGGGGGCGGUGCCAUCACUUAUCAUCAGUACUAUCACGUGUUCAGGGAGGGCGAGCUGGACCAACUGAUCAACAAAUACGUGGAGAACUUGCACAUUAUCUCGUCUUACUACGAUCACGCGAGCUGGUGCAUCGUCGCGGAGAAGGUGCAGGUCUGGACUAUAUGACUCGAGGCGGACGCCCCUGUCCCGUUCGCGCGCGGAGCGUCGCGCCUCGUGCGUCGCCACGCCGCCGGUUAGAUCGCUUAUCGGGCAAGGAUAAUCAGUUCGUGAAGCUCGCUAAACCUCGUGAAACGCUUCUCGAUUCUCAAUUCGGUUUAUGUUGGGCACACACGACGUUACGACAAAGAGUAGGCUAAUUGCUUUGUUAUUAAAACCAAGCGCAGGUACGGUUGGUAGCUAAUGAAAACACUGUACUUAUAGGAAUUUAUUAUCGCUUUUCUUAUUUAUUUGUUCAGGUCGAAAGUGAGUAGCCGAGUACUAUGAGUCGAGUCCAAACAAGUGGAUGUAAAAAUUUUUAAACUAUGAGAAGAACUAUGAGACGUUAGAAGUAUGAAGAAGUUAGAACUAUGAGGAGAUUGGAUUUUGACUGAGAGAAACAGAGAAAUCACUUCUGGUAUUACGUUUAGAUCAAGCACAGUGUUUAGUUUCCUAUCGAUUUAAAUUGAAGGGAACGAUAUCAUUAGCUAUCUGCCAGAAACAUAAGAGGUUGGCACGGGAUAAGAGAUGAAACCGAAAGAAGAGGAACCAGAUGUAAAUAUGUAAAAUAAAAAAAGAAAAAAAAAAGAAGAUACGUUUCCGACGUAAGCGCACAGAUCGGUAAACAAGAAAUAAUUCAUCAGAUAAGCAACACUAGUAGCAUAGUAAUUUGUAUCAUUCGUCUAAGUGCUUGACCAAACGUUUCUUCUUUACUUGAUCACUUUGUUAGGUCGUUGUUUCAUCAGUGGAAGAAAAGAUUUCCAUUUUGGUCUCGGAUCGAUUACGCGAUAAUGCGUAGCUUUAGUUUAACCGUUAGAUCUGUGGUUCCUAAAUCUUUUCAUCGUUCAAUUCGUCGCCCACCCGUGAUCAUUCUCCCGUGAAAAAAAAAAAACGGGCACAAUGUUUUCCAUUGCAUUAUAUCUGUUCUGUACAGUACGAUUAUAAUUACAGGCGUUUCUGGUAUGUUCACUCUUCUGCCUAUUGUUCAGCAUUCUUUGCUCCUAAAAUUAAUUUUUAUUUAUUAUUAUUUCAAUGUAUAUACUGUGUAUUUCUAAUUGAGAAAGGUGAAGCAAGUACUGCAGUAGGGAGAACAGUCUGACCUUGGACAUACCAAGAACUGUUCCUUAGUGUAGUCAUUCAGUUCACCUCACUCUUUCAAACGUUUAACAUUACCAAGGAGUCUUUCAGUUGAAUUUCAUCCCUUUACAUCAUAGUUCGGCUGUUCUUUUUUCCUCGAGGAACGACAUAAAAAAAAAAAAAUACCUUCGUAACGGAACAUUUAAUAAUAGAAUAUAAUGAAUGAAUAAUCGCGUUCUAGUAAGAUUACGACAAACGAAAUGCCAUUGCUCUAUCACGAUAGUAAUUCUCACACGUCGUUUCUAAUUUGAGAAUAAACGAGAAAAGAAAGAAAAAAAAGAUAUAUAUAUAUGACAUUUGCAACAAUCACGAGAGACUUUCUUUUUACGAUAAAUAAUAUGACCAUUCUUGUUCGACAAGCGUAGAUCACUUCCAGGCAUAAAAAAAGAAAAAAAUGAUGCUUCAAUGACGUUCAUUUGCCACGCGUGUCUCGUAGAUAGCGACAAGCCUGUAUUGUGAGAACCGAGCGUUUAGGAUAAUAAAUUGUAUAGGAACUGCUAUUCCAAAGUAACGGAUGUUAUUGCGCUAUUACCAACGAGGAAGUUCAGCUGACGAAACAGGAAGAUACGCUGCUUAAAGUUAUUGGAGAGUCAUCCACUUUGAUGCUUAGAAAGCUAUUGGACCUUUAGUGAAAAUCUUCGAUUAUUGUUGUAAAUUAUAUUAUAAUUUCAUUGUCGGCGUUUAUCUUACUUUUUAACGCGUUGUAAGAAUCUGAUUACGCUUGAAAGACUGUUCUCGUGGAUUCUUUGAAAUUCCUCUGUCGUAAGUGUAACUUCAGGUUAGGUUAGGUAGUUAAUAUUUCUAAUAUUUGAGAUAUUUGAAAACUGUAAAACUGUACAUAUUUUAAAUAUUUCGAGAUGUAGAUAUUCAGAACGCAUUCAUAGUAAAAGUGGAACAUCCUAUAUGUAGAAGCCUGACUCGAGAUCCUCUUAUGGAUAGGGUUGCUCCAAUUACUUCAAACAGAAUAUCUACUUAAACGAUUAACAGAACAUACAGAAGAGAUGCGGUUUGUAAGUGUACAAAAGAGAGCAAAUUGGACGAACACACUGGAAAGUGAAAUUAAAGGAGAAACACAUUCUCCGCGAAACAGUUCCGGUUGACUACAGUUCGAUAUCAAGAAAGUUUCUGAAUUUUCGAUAAGGUUAAGAGAAUCCACCGCGAACGAGAUGCUAAUUAGAAAGUUUCACAAUGUAAAUGCUCAUUGAGAUAGAAUCUCAGUGAAAGAAGAUCUACCUUACCGACAAAGGACGCAAAAAAAAAAAAAAGUUAAUACAAAAAAAAGGACCAAAAAUAUAGAAUACGUUUGUUAUCGGAAUCGCAAACCGAAGUGUAAUCGCGCGUGUUCAACGAACAGACGACUUCAUGAUGAUUUCGAGUU